AUGUUCCGAGUUAUAUCAAAGCAGUUAAAGCAAGUGUCAAAAGAUGUGUGCUCACAGCGAGCAAAAGCCACAGUGGCAGCUGCUAGUGGCUUGCCAGAGAUGCCGCCAUGUGAGGUUAAACCAACGAAACACGAGGGACCAAAUCUUAACGAUGUGAUGAAAAUAAGAAAAAACAAUCUCUCCCCUGCCCUGUUCACCUUCUAUAAAGAACCCGUCUAUGUGCACCAAGGCUACAUGCAGUACCUCUGGGACACCAGCGGCAAACGUUACAUCGACUUGUUCGCUGGCAUUGUCACAGUUAGUGUUGGACAUUGUCAUCCCACGGUGGUAGCGGCCGCAGAAAAGCAGAUGAAAAAACUCUGGCACACGACCAACAUUUAUUUGCAUCCCAAGAUUCAUGAGUACACAGAGAAACUCGUCUCUAAACUGCCAGGAAAUUUAAAGGUCGUUUACCUUACAAAUUCUGGCUCUGAGGCCAAUGACCUUGCUGUAUUAAUGGCAAGGAUGUACACUGGCGUCUAUGACUGUAUUUCACUGAGGAAUGGUUACCAUGGUGCCAGCCCCUAUUUGAUGGGAGUUACUGCCCUUUCAACGUGGAGGUACAACAGCCCAACUGGAUUUGGGUUUCAGCAGGCCAUGAACCCUGACCCCUACAGGGGUCCAUGGGGAGGAAAACACUGCAGGGAUUCACCUGGACAGCCCCAGCGCCCAUGUGACUGUCCACAAGGUCAGUGCCAGGCCUGUGACAACUAUGUUGACCAGUUGGAGGACGUCUUGAGGUUCUCCAUGCCCAAAGGUCGUGUGGGUGCUUUUAUAGCGGAGGCCAUUCAGGGUGUGGGUGGAUCUGUGCAGUUACCUGAUGGCUACUUGAAGAAAGCUUACGAGAAAAUCAGGGCCAAUGGCGGUGUUUGUAUUGCUGAUGAGGUGCAAACAGGAUUUGGACGUCUUGGAUCCCACUAUUGGGGAUUUGAAAGUCAAGGAGUUACGCCAGAUAUUGUGACAAUGGCCAAGGGAAUAGGUAAUGGCUUCCCCAUGGGUGCUGUGGUCACUACACCAGAGAUUGCAGCCACCAUGGGCAAGGCUCUACAUUUCAACACGUUUGGAGGGAACCCCAUAGCCUCAGCUGUUGGAUCAGCUGUCCUGGAUGUGAUUGAUAAAGAAAAAACUCAAGCUCUGUGUGCUGACAUUGGAACUUAUUUCCUGAAUGAACUGGACAAGCUGAGGUCAGAGUUCGAGGUCGUGGGUGAUGUAAGGGGCAAAGGUCUCAUGAUUGGCGUGGAGCUGGUGAAAGAUAAAGCCUCUAGAACACCUCUACCUGCUGAUGAAGUGGCCUCAAUUUGGGAGGACACAAAGAACAUGGGUGUCUUGAUUGGCAAGGGUGGUCUCCAUGGAAACUGUUUCCGCAUCAAGCCGCCCAUGUGCCUUAACAAAGGAGACGUGGACUACAGUCUCGCUGUCAUUAGAGCAGCUCUUAAAAAACACGCCAGCAAGAAAUAAUUAGUCAGAUGUAAACUUAAAGAAGCCAUCAAACUGUAUGAAAUUACUGAUAACUUUUCUGUUGAUAUUCAGCUGUACCACAUGUUCAAAUUUUUAUUUUUACACCAGGAUUUAAAGUACAAUUGUAUUACUUUUUAAAGACAAAAUAACUAAUCUAAAAAUACAAUGUGUGCAUAGGUUGUAGUCUUUCAAAAGUUUUCAUUUGUACACUUUUUAAAUUAAAUUACAUUGUUGGUUGAGCAGUUUU